GCCGGUUUUCAGAUAUAAUACACAUUUCGCUUAGAACACGCUGGAAACAACGGUAAGAUGGAUCGGUAUCAGAGGGUAGAGAAACCGAGGACAGAGACGCCCAUUAACGAGAAUGAGAUUCGUAUAACCACUCAGGGGAGAAUGAGGAACUACAUUACUUAUGCUACAACUCUGCUUCAGGAGAAAGGAUCUAAUGAUAUUGCUCUCAAGGCCAUGGGGAGAGCUAUCAACAAAACUGUUAUGAUCGCUGAACUGAUCAAGAGAAGGAUUGCUGGUCUCCAUCAGAACACAUUAAUUGGUUCUACAGAUUUCACUGAUAUGUGGGAACCACUAGAAGAAGGCCUUCUUCCCCUAGAAACUACUCGCCAUGUGUCAGUUAUAACAAUUACUCUGUCCAACAAAGAGCUUGAUACAUCAUCUGCAGGGUACCAGCCACCUAAUCUAGUUGAUCAAGUAAAACCAUGGACCAAAAAUGAUUAUGGAGAGGGCUCUCCUAGCACGCGUGGGAGAGGACGUGGUAGUCGCGGAAGGGGUAGAGGUACGGGGAGCAAUAUCAAUGGAGUUAUGGAGUACAAUGGAGAUGGUGGCUGGGAAGGUGGGCGUGGAUAUGGUUUAAGAGGUCGAGGUCGUGGAAGAGGCCGUGGUUUUCGUGGACGUGGAAGAGGCUAUAAUGGUGGGAAUAUGCAGUCACAAUGGGGUGAUUACAAUGACUACGUUGGAGUAGGGGCAAUGCCUGCUCAAGGACGCGGGCGAGGGCGUGGCCGUGGUCAGGAUUUCAGGUCAGAUGAUCCAGUACAGACAGCAGCCUGAGCCUCAAGUGUGAGGUACAUAGUCUAGUUUAGAUGGAUAGUUUUGGACGCCUGCUCUACUGAUUUUGUCCAAAUCUGAAGGGGAAGUGGAUUUGACCUAGUUUUGAUUGAUAGUUUUGGAUGCCUGCUCUGCUGCCGUUUUGUGGUGGCCACAUUUUUGUAGCUUGAUGGUAGGAUCAGUUACGUUCAAUUCCAACAGAAACUGAACUUGUACUCUUUUUAGGAAAUAACAGAGCAGUAGAUUAAUUCCAAUAUUCCACUCACUCUUGAUGUGAUCAGAAGUGGGAUAUUGUUUUUGUGGAAAAGUUGAUUCUGCUUCCGUUAUCUUACCAAAAGUAUAACAUAUUGCUAGUAUCAUGAUCAAUGAAGUUUUUAUCAUGUUGUACUCGUC